AUGUUAGUGUGCCCUCAUUUUAGUUAUAUUAGGCAGGAAAAUGAAUCUCCUUCCGCAAACAAAGAGGAGAACUACCAAUUCAUCAAACCAAUCGGAGAAGGCACAUUCUCGACAGUCUAUUUGUGUCACCAUCGUACAAAAAACGUGGAAUUCGCCAUCAAAAAGUGCAGCAAAGCUACCAUAAUAAAGAAAAAAGCAAACAAACACGUUCUAAUGGAGAAGAAUAUCCUCACCAAAAUAAACAACCUUCAUCCUCUCAUUAUAAACCUCGUCGAAACCUUCCAAAGCCCCGAAUUUCUCUUUUUUGUGUUCGAAUACUGCAAAAACGGGGACCUCCUCGAAUUGAUUGAGAAAAGAUGGCCACUUUCCGCGGAUUCCGUGAUUUUCUACAUCCUCCAGGUCGUCUCUGCCCUCGAGUUUAUUCACGGAUUGAACAUUGUCCACAGAGACCUCAAACCCGCCAACAUCCUCCUCGAUUCCAACAUGAAUGUCAAACUCUGUGAUUUCGGAUCCGCCACAAUCCUCCCCAGGAGUGUCAAUUUGAAGUGGGCAAAUUAUCCCGGAGGUCAAGUUUUGUGGGGACAGCGGAAUAUGUGUCCCCCGAGGUAUUGAAGGGUGCCCAAGUGGAUCAUCGAUGUGACCUGUGGGCUUUGGGGUGUCUGGUCUUCCAUUUGGUGGUGGGCCAUCCUCCUUUCCGGGGGUACUCCGACGUGGGGGUGUUCUCCAAGGUGGCCAGAUGUGCCU